CAAUAUCCGAUGCACACCGGCUCGCCACAGUCUCGUCAGCGUCUAAACAACGAUUAUAUUAUCGUUUCGUUACACGGCGGUCCGAUUUCGGUUUCUUCUCGCUUUCGAUUUCACUCCGGUUUCCUCCCAGAGGUCCGUCGCCGUGUAUUAUACAACAGCGCAACUGUUCUCCUGCGAAGGACCACUGCUACGCCACACAUUCUUUCGUUCAGCCGUCCGGGCGAUCCUUGUCACUGCCGAGGUGCGCCAUGCGCUCGGAUCACACCGCCUGCCAAAAACGCCGACGCUGAUUGACCGUUGUCGCACGCAAAUAACGCGCACCGUAACAGAGGCUGCUUAGGGCGCCAUGGACUCGGGAUUGGCCCGAUUCGCCGUACUCAUAGUGUUGUUCUUCCUGUUGACCGGCGACCUGGCCGGCAUGGUCAAGCACAUGUUCGAGGAAGCCGGAUACGGUGGGAAACAGCACAGCCAUCAGCAGCCGCAGCGGAACCGACAGCAGUCACCGGAAAAGUCGGCGAGAGAAGCGAACGCGCGGCCGGCAAAGACGGCGACGGCGGCGGGCCUCUAUGGCAUUGGCUCGGGUCCGGACGACGAUCCAGACAUGGAAACGUUCGCCAAAUCGUAUUCGGCUCGAAUGAAAUUGGUCAACACCAUCAAGGAAUCGUGUUUGCCGAAACUCAUUUGCGAGCUGACGGCGUCCACGAACCGAGACUCGCUCACCGAAUCCGAAAGAUACCUGUUGUCGCUCAUUAGAGAAACGACCAUUUCCACAACGGCCGAAGUUACGUCCAAAUAUCAUUUCGCCGCGCACAUGGGACAACUCAUCAACGGCAUAGACAACACAGGAUGUCACAACUUCUAUCCCGGAUGUCCGUUUCCCGGACUGCAGGUGAUGCAAAUGAUGAAGAAAGUGAAGAUCUUGUAAACACAAACUAUGUGACGUCCACGCAGCUACUACAGUCUAGUCCUUAAACCGAUGCACUGUGAUAAUAAUAUCGUUAUAAAAUCAUAUAACUUUAACCGCUAUAUGUUCUGACAAACGUAGGCAGUUGGCGAUGAUAGCGCACUACCGGCUAUGACUUUUGACUUGUUUUAACGUCCGUGCCGCCCGUUGUACGUAAAUAAAAUAAACGAGUUUUCGCCCCCUCGCGAUUUUGGAAUACAUCACACUUACAUCAGUCACGUGUACGUUAGGUUAGGUACAAUAUCGGUUACGCCAACUGACCGCGCAUAGAAAAUGACUAUAUGAUAUUUUCUUAGCAUGAUAAUAUUAUUUUACAUCAAUAACAACUAAUUGUUAUACAUAUAUUAUUAAAACAUUAAAAUAGUGAUCAUU